UUCCAUACUGUAGCUCGCGCUGCCGCUCGUGUGUCUGACUAGGCAGCCGCUGCUGGAGGAUUACAGUAUCUGGUUACUGCAUCACCAAGUGCAGCGCUCUGCAUCACCUAGAGAACGCCAGAGAGAGAGAGAGAGAGAGAGACAGAAGGGAAAGAGAGAGAGAGAGAGAGCCACCAUUUCCUGUGCCGUGGCCUGGAUCUGAUCUCGCGCGCUCCGCUCUUCAGAGGAUUGCGGCGGUUUUUAGGGUCUUGCUUUUUGGCGGCGGCGGCGGCGGGCUUGUGCUCCGUAGCCGUGGGGACAGUAGCGAGCGGGGGUGGGAGAGGAGCAUCUGGCCGCCUCGGGAGCCAGGGAUGCAUUGUGUGCUUUGAUGACCCCUGCUGUGUCGCUGCCUGCUCACCAUCGCCUCUCUCUUUAUCCCUCCCUCUCUCCCUCUCUCUCUCCCCCUCUCCCCCCUCUCACCACCACAGCGCCUGGCCCAGCCAUGUUCGGCACAGAAUCCUCACUGAGCAUGUUUCUGAACACAUUGACCCCGAAAUUUUACGUGGCCCUGACGGGAACCUCAUCUUUAAUAUCAGGCCUCAUCUUGAUUUUUGAGUGGUGGUACUUCAGGAAAUAUGGGACUUCCUUCAUUGAGCAGGUGUCUGUGAGUCAUUUGCGCCCUCUACUGGGUGGUGUAGAUAGCAGCUCCCCCAGCAGCUCCACUACCAGCAAUGGAGACACAGACUCCAAUCGACAAAAUGUGUCGGAAUGUAAAGUGUGGCGGAAUCCGCUGAAUUUAUUCCGAGGAGCGGAGUAUAACCGGUAUACUUGGGUUACAGGCAGAGAGCCGCUCACCUACUACGACAUGAACCUCUCUGCCCAAGACCACCAGACCUUCUUCACCUGCGACUCGGACCAUCUGCGCCCCGCUGAUGCCAUAAUGCAGAAAGCCUGGAGAGAGAGGAACCCUCAGGCCAGAAUAUCUGCUGCACACGAAGCCCUGGAGCUUGAGGACUGUGCCACAGCCUACAUCCUGCUAGCUGAGGAGGAAGUAACCACCAUCGUGGAGGCAGAGAAGCUCUUUAAGCAGGCUCUGAAGGCCGGGGAGGGCUGCUACAGACGCAGCCAGCAGCUUCAACACCACGGAGCGCAGUACGAAGCACAGCACAGAAGGGACACAAAUGUAUUGGUUUACAUUAAAAGAAGACUGGCCAUGUGCUCCAGGAAGCUGGGCCGAACAAGGGAGGCCGUGAAAAUGAUGAGAGAUUUAAUGAAGGAGUUCCCUCUCCUCAGUAUGUUCAAUAUCCACGAGAACCUGCUGGAGGCGCUGUUGGAGCUGCAGGCCUACGCUGAUGUGCAGGCGGUGCUGGCCAAAUAUGACGAUAUUAGUCUACCCAAAUCUGCAACAAUAUGCUACACUGCAGCUCUGCUGAAAGCCAGGGGUGUGUCCGAUAAGUUCUCGCCUGAGGCAGCGUCUCGGAGGGGCCUGAGCACGGCCGAGAUGAACGCCGUAGAAGCCAUACACAGAGCGGUGGAGUUCAACCCGCACGUACCCAAAUACCUCUUAGAAAUGAAAAGCCUGAUCCUGCCUCCGGAGCACAUCCUGAAGCGUGGCGACAGCGAAGCACUGGCUUACACCUUCUUCCACCUACAGCACUGGAAGAGGGUGGAGGGAGCCCUCAAUCUGCUACACUGCACCUGGGAGGGCACUUUCAGAAUGAUUCCCUACCCGCUGGAAAAAGGCCACUUAUUCUACCCCUACCCCAUCUGCACAGAGACAGCGGACAGAGAACUGCUACCAACAGUGUUCCAUGAGGUGUCAGUGUACCCUAAGAAAGAGCUGCCCUUCUUCAUCCUCUUCACUGCUGGCCUCUGCUCCUUCACCGCCAUGCUGGCCCUCCUCACACACCAGUUCCCUGAGCUCAUGGGCGUCUUUGCUAAAGCUUUCCUCAGCACACUGUUUGCGCCGCUGAACUUCAUUAUGGAGAAGGUGGAGAGCGUCCUACCAUCCAGCUUGUGGCACCAGCUGACACGCAUCUGAGACUCAAAUGAACUGCCGACACCUUUAUGCCAAGGUCAUGGAGUCUUGCGGACUACAAAGUGGGGCAUGAUGGGAGAAAGGGAAAAUGGAAUAAUAAGUUUUGAUCCCUUGGCUUUUUUUCUCAUGUAAACCUGUUUUUGUUGUACAAAAAAGGUGAUCAUUUGCCUUCAUACAAAAAAGCUGAAAAAAAAUGGACAACAAAAAUAAAGACUUUUGUGUAUUGCUGCAAUGCA